CGGCCGCUGUGCAGCUGUCUGACCCGUACGCGUUAUCCUGCGCAGCAGUGCGCUUAUAGAACAUGCUGAUCGAUAGUGAAGCUCGCAGCCUGCUAAUGGAGAUACAGUCUGCUAGCUAAGUUUGUCUGCCCAGUCUAAAGCAGUGUCAGUCCGCCAGCCGCUGGCGCUGGGUCGCUCGCCUCGCAAUGCGUUCGGAUUUGACGCUCUUGCUAUGGCUGACCUGAAAAGUCUUUUGGCUCUGCACAUAUCAGACCGCUAGCGGCUACGUCGGAGGACUAAAAUCGGAAUUUAAAGGGUGAGAUUUGUGAAGUGUGGAGACACGCAAAGACACCAGCCGGGGACCGCCGGAAUUGAGACUCGCACCACCGGAGGCGUCUUUUCGAGCGAAUUUAAUUUAGAUGUGAGAAAAUAUAACAUUGGUAAAUCAUGUCAGAUAGUCAGGCAUGUAAUACCCGAGCUCUUCAAUUCGCUUUUCCCAGGACUCGCGUCUCGACAGGCCGCUGACCAGACCACAGCACCCGACAGGGCAGAGGCCGGACCGGUAGGCGGCGGAGCCGGGCGGCGUGCGGCGGGCGGCUGGCGUGUUUCUCCUGUGGCCUGAGACGGCUGGACGCCAGCGCUGGGCACCAUGCUGAGCAUCUUGGCCGCGGGUUCCGUGUUCUUCCCAGGCCUCUUCCUGCUGUCCAAGCAGUGCCUCAAGCGCAUCCCCGGACUCAGCUGGAGCGAGGGAGAUGCCGUGGUGGUGUCCGCCAGGUUGGUGUCCUCCAUCCAGGCCAUCAUGGCCUCCUCCGCUGGCUACAUCAUCUCCACUUCCUGUGAUGACAUCAUCGAGGACCAACACUGGCUGACCAGCGCCUAUAUCCUGUUCGCCGUGCCCUACUUCGUGUACGACAUCUACGCCAUGUUCCUGUGCUACUGGCACAAGCUUCGGGUCAAAGGUCACGAGAUUGACAACGGCCCCAAGCCCAUGGGCGUGGCCCUUACCAGUUAUCUCCGAAGAGAGUUCCUCAUGGUCCUGCACCACGUCGUCAUGGUCACCGUCUGCUUCCCUGUCUCUGUGUUCUGGAGGCGGGGCCGUGGGGACUACUUCCAGGGAGUCAUGUUCCUGGCUGAGCUCAGCACACCCUCUGUGUGCCUGGGCAAGAUCCUCAUCCAGUACAAGCAGCAGCAUACUCUUCUCCACAAAGUGAAUGGGCUUCUCAUGUUGGUCACUUUCUUGGUCUGUCGAGUCCUUCUCUUCCCUUACCUAUACUACGUUUACGGCAGGUAUGCCUCGAUCCCGUUCCACCUGGUCCCCCUGUCCGUCCCAUGGCAGUGUAACCUGGGCGCGGCGCUCCUCAUGGCUCCGCAGCUCUACUGGUUCUCCCUGAUCUGCAGGGGGGCUCUGCGCCUGUUCAGGAGGGGGUCCUCGCGCCCCUCCGCCCGUCCCGCCUCGCUCUCCCCGAAAAAAGAGCGUCCAGACUGGGACGCCCCGACGCCAGCGCAGCCAUCCAACGGGUACAACGCUCGCAUGACCGAGCACGAGACAGCCUCGGCCAAUCACUGAGGCCAGCGGAGAGGGUGACCAGGACAGGAACCCAGGACGGGAGGGAGGAGGAGGAGAGGAAGGAGGGACACAAGAGAAAAGAGAAAGAGACAGAAUGACUGCAUGAAGGGAAAGAGUGGACGAGAGUGGACUUUCAGGAAGGGGCCUGGGUGACGCUUAGGUGGAGAUGCGUGGCAGUGUGGCGCUGCACAGUGCUCAAGCGAGCUGCUGGUUUCAUCUGUGAAAACUCUCUAGGUCUCUGGCUUAAAGCACUAAUCAGGGAAGAGAGUUUUCCCAGGGAAACAAGUCUGUCGCAGUCACACAUUUAAAGUGCGGGAAGACGGAGGUGAAAAAAACCCAAUGGAUUCAAAUAUGUGUGUGUGUAUAUACAGUAUACUCCAUGACUUAUUUAACAUGUAUGUACAUUAUAGCGUAUGCCGCUGUCCAGGCCCGGGUUUCUGCAGCAAGACAUGACUAACCUAAGCUAAGCUAUGGCCUCUGUACACGCACACACACACACACACACACACACACACACAGCCGUAUUUCCAGUAAGGAGGAGGGUGAACUGUGGAUAAGGUGAGCUGGGCUGAAGCUGUUGGAAUGUAGGUGCUCGGGUCCCCAUGGGACCUGACUGUGACAUCCGUAUUUACUGUAUCUAUGACAAACGGGCACUGCGGAGAUGCUGGCAGGUGGUGAAGGGGGUGGGGGGCCUGACUAAGCAGCACUUUGGAUUUGAGAGUUAAGCUGGGGUGGGGGGGGGUUGAUGGAGCUUUGGUGUCGACCACUUAAACAAAAACAAGUAAACAAAAACAAGUAAACGUUCUGUACUCGACAUCCACACAUAUAUUGGCAUAGAUUGCACGGAGUGGAUUCUUUACCCAGGGCUAAGGGUCAGCCUGAAAGCUCCUUGGAGUUGGUUGGCAGAUGGCAGAGCUACCUAUAGAUCUAGAGGCAUAGGCGAUCCUACCCCAGGGUCUGGCAUGCCAUGGUUCCUAGGGUCUGGCAUGCCAGGGUUCCUACCCCAUGGUUCCUACCCCAGGGUCUGGCAUGGCAGGGUUCCUACCCCAUGGUUCCUACCCCAUGGUGCCAUGCCAUGGUGUCCCAUGCAGCCACAUUCCACGGGCAUCAGACUGCUUUCAGAGGAGACAAUAGUGAAAACACCAAAGGGGGGGCUUUGUGGUAGUCUAUAGUGUAUAUUGGAGACUCAAUACAACAGGACCAAUAAACAGUAUCUAUCCAAUGUAACAAAGUCCUGUCCGUAUUCAGAACAGUACGCGCAGGAUUUAGGAAUGUAUUAUUUUGUAUAUGCUAGUGCAUUGUUUCUAGAUGGCCUGUUCAACUUAGUCAAAUGCAGCUGGAAACAAAGAAAAACAAAAAAAACAAAAAACAUACUAAUGCUACGCAAGUAUUUCCGUCUCCUACUUAAACGAUAGUUGCAGUCAUUUGAAAUCAUCAGUGCCCCUGUCUUGGAGGCGAGGGGGGGUUUUCUUGCAGAUGGCGUAUUGCGCUGCCUUAGCCUUGAGAACAUUUUAUACUUUCUACUUUCCUCAUCUACUCGUUUUAGUUCAGGACGAGCAUAUUUCCUCGCAAUAAAAAAUGUGACUGGUGUACAUAGCAGCUGUAUGAUAUGGUAACUUAGUUAUUUGCACAUUGUUCAUUUUAGUAUUUAUGGUUAAUUUAUGUGAUAACGUUUUAGACAUCUUAUGUUUCGUUAGCGUUUUCUGGGUUUUUAUUUAUUUUUGUUGAAUAGGUUUUGCUUCUAGUAGUAUUUUCCAUUCUUUCAUCAGUUUAGGCUUGUUGUGUAGCCACACGUGUCAAGUUGAGCGAACGGCCUAACAUUGUUUCUGGUGUAGCCUGACAGUCCCUGAUAAUAGUGUCUCUGCUGGCUCUUGAGGAGGGGGGGGGGCAGAUCUGGGUACCUUAACCCAGAUGAAGUGCUAAACCCCCUAAGAGAAGAGCCCUUGGACUUUGUUCAGUUAGAAGAUUGAAGCCCCCGGGCUCUUCUAUUAUCAGGUUUACAGCAUCUGCUGGGUUAUCUUCCCAGGGCUUGCCACUACACCACCUACUUGGAAUCAUGGCCUGGAGUCAUUUAGCGUAACAGAAAGGGAUCAAUUCUCCAGAUUUUUUAAUUCUUCAGUUGGUUUUGUUUACCCACAAGCCUCAGCAGUUCUACCCUUCUUCAAUUCUCAUUGGUUGUUGAGAAUAGCAAGUGUAUCCUUAAGAAAAAAGUCAAAGCCCUGUUCCUGUUCUGUCUUUGUAACAUGCUUGUUGUUGACAGUUAUCCUGAAUGGAGAUCCUAAAUGAAACCACUAUUCUAGAAGGCCUUGGCCUACUCAGAUCUCAUUGGUGCAAAUAUAACUAGAAAUAACCAUUUCUCACACUGCACUGUGUACUUCUAUCCUCAUAAGCUUGUUAUGUGUUCAAUGAGUUAUUAUGAUUAUUUAUUUGUUCAUUUGUGAUUUUGAAUGUGCAUAUGUACACACAUGUUAGAAAAGACAAAAUGUUACCCCUUCAGUUCAACUAUAUAUGACAGCUUUGUUGUUAUUCAAACAUGAUGGAAAAUAUACUCUUAUAUCCUG